AUGGGUCAACGCCACCAGCUCUUCGUGAUUGCCAAGGCCGGCAAGCACUAUCGCUCGCUGGCCGCCGUCCAUCACCAGUGGCUCUACGGCCUGACCGCCCUUCGCCAGUGUCUGCAGCUCCUCCACAUCUUCGGCCACGGCGAAAACCGCCUCGCCUUGCAGCAGGAACUCCGUUUCGCAGAAGAAUACUACCGCGACAAGGAAGCCCCCUCCCAGGAGCCGCCAGAACUCUCAUGGGACAAGAGAGGAGGUAUCUGCCCGUUCCCCUUCAUUACCAACUGUUUGAUGCUGGGCACUUCUUUCAACCAAGACUUGGCCCAGGCCGGUGUUGUCCACGAGGAGCCCUUUGGAAUGGGCUUCGACCAGGGCGACAACAACGACGGUAUCACUGUCAUCGAUAUCACCGACUUGGAAAAUGUAAAGUACUGCUUCGUCAACUUUCUAGAUACCUAUGAAGGAGAAGAAGACUUUCAGGGUCCAUUGUAUCAGCCCUUGACAGGCUGGCAAUACGUCAAGAAUUACUACCCCGAGGAAGACCCUAUCCCUCAAGCCCACAUCCACUUACCCAAGAGCCUAGACACGAAGCCUCUCAUCAACAUUGCAACUCUUGCAGAAACGUGGCCAUGGGGGAAAUGGGAAGUGUCUGAUGCUGUCCCGCGCGAUACAAUUGGGCCUGAUAAUCAUCCAGUUGUGCAGAGUUUGGUCGAAAAGACCGUGGAAAGGAUUGUCGAUGCACUCCUCGUGUCAAAUGACCUGGACGAAUUCAAUGCAGCCAAAGAUCAGCUUCAAGUGCUCCCCAACUCCGCUGCCAUUUUGAAAAAGAUCCUCCUCAGCCGGGCGGACCAAGUUGGUAAAACACCACAUUCGCUUUUGCUCAUGGGACUCGCCUACACUGGCGAAACUCACCUCGACUGGGCACAUUUUCCCAAUCUUGAUAUCGUUGGCCUCCAGUCUACAUUCGAAGCUGGUUCCUUUGCGUCUGUCGAGUCGCUGAAUCUCUCUGGAACCUUGGCUUCCCGCUCACUGUCGCUACCACGUGUCCUCUCAGGUUUGACUUGUUUGAAGUCACUGUACUUGCUGGAUAGGCCCGAUCGGCUCGAUGAUGAUUCGGCCGCCCAGGUCGUUCUUGGCCUCGCAUCUUUGGAUUCAGGUGUCGCGUUGGAGAAGGUGGUCGUGUCUGCGGUCAUGUCGAUUCCCAUCCGCCUCAAAACGUGGCUCCCUGACACAAAUGAUGCCCCUGAUGCAAUCCCGGGAUUUCCGAUCGCACAACUUCUAGUCUACCAUAAGACUGAUACUAUUAAUGUCCACGGGCAAGUGGCACCAUAUGAGUACUUCUUUCUCGGAGAUGCUCUCCUCAGUCCUGCUCGAUUCGUCAAUGGUUUGUUGCGCUAUGUACGGGCUUUGAACUCACAGAGGUACAUAAUGAGUAGCGGUUCUGGAUCCGAGCUGGCCGCUUGCAUUGCUUUGAGCUCCUCAGUUCCCGGCGACAAGGAUAUAGGCGAGAUCGGUCCUCUCCCCGCCCAGGCCUACAAGUUUGGCAGGAACAGCUACCACAGCAGCCUUUCUCACGGCUGCUACUCUGAAAUGCGAAAUCUCAAGCCUGGGCAGUGGACAGUCUUGUUGAGUAGGAAUGCAGCCCCUGAGGGAUUCCAGGCGCCUGCCGACCAGGGCUUCGAGUAUGCUUUUGUCCGUUGCAAAUCCGACAUCAAGGUGCGAAAGCCCAAGGAAGGGGAGCGAGACGAGGUUAGGGCAGACAACCUUGAAGUAUACAGCCUGCGCGAGUUCCUUGAGGAGACAGCGCCAAGCUCCGCCUCUAGCGGUUUGGAUCCUCUUUUUAACCAGCUCCGCUUGCAGGUUGCAAAGACCGAUCAGCUGCCCCCGGAUGACGACGUGCUUCGGUGCAUGAAUGCCGAGCAAUCUCGAGACCUGCUGGUCAAGUUCAUGGACAACAUUCCCAAGCUGGAUGAAGUGAAGGAACGGGCACGCAUAUAUGGCUAG